AUGCAGGCCAGGCUGAUCCGGUACUGGCAUGCAUGCCAGGUGCGGAAAGCGGCAUGCAGGUCAUGCCGACUACCCCUCAUGCCGCUGCGAUCAUUGACUCGAUUGGAAUGGAGUGAAGCUCGAGAGCAAUUCGCUGACCUGGCAAAUUUGACUCGCAGAUUGGAUGCUGAGAUUUCUGGAAUAAUUCUUUUGAGUUUUUCAAACAAUCUCUACUUCAUCUGCCUGCAACUCCUCAACGGCCUUUCGCCUCUUGAGGGCGACAACAAAGGACUUCAGUCGAUCUACUUUUGGGCCUCGUUUCUCUUCCUGCUCUCUCGAACGGCCGCCGUAACGAUUUUCCUAUCCAACGUCAACGUGGCAAGCAAGGGCGGCCUUCCGGACUUGUUUGCGUGUCCGGGACAUUUCUUUUGCGAAAACACGCAGCGGCUUUUGCAUCACAUGGCCAACGAUGAUCUUGCACUAACUGGACUUGGCCUCUUUCACGUCACCAGAAGUUUUUUGCUUGCGGUUGCAGGUGCCAUAGCAACCUAUGAAGUCGUUCUUCUCCAAUUCAACGUUGCAAUUACGCAGCCUUCGCCAUCAGUCACUUGUGCUCCUUCAUCUAAUUAA